AUGGGCAGAAACACAUGGUCAAGAUAUGGAAUUCCAAGCUACUAUCACGGAAUAACGCCGGAACCGGGUACGAUAUUCAUAGUCGCUUCCACAGUGAUAUUAGGUGAGGCCAAGGAAAUCGCAUCCAAGGAAGGACGAGAAAUUAGAGCAUGCGAAGGAAGACUAGAGUUCAAAGAUGUUCAUUUCAGAUAUCCGACAAGGGAGACUCCCAUACUGCGAGGUCUGAGCUGGGUAGCCGAACCUGGAGAGACAAUUGCGUUCGUGGGGAAAAGCGGAUGCGGAAAAGCACUAAGUUUGCUAGCAACGCAAACUGCCUCUAUUGACGUAGCUGUUCAGAUUGGUCUCCUAACUCGGCUCUAUGACUGUGACCGAGGGUCAGCUCUUCUUGAUGGUCAGGAGAUCCGAUCCAUCAAAACCAGUGACUUGAGAAAGAUGAUUGGCAUUGUGCAGCAGGAGCCAUGCCUUUUCAAUGGCACGAUCCGCGAAAAUAUAGUACUUGGUCGGCCAAUCAGUGACGAAGAGGCCGAGGAAGCCGCUCGGAUAGCAAAUGCGCACGAAUUUAUAAUGAAAUUGGACAAGGGCUACGACACCCUUAUCGGAGCUGGAGGAGUGUCGCUUUCGGGAGGACAGAAGCAGCGCCUCGCCAUCGCUCGAGCUGUAGCAGCUCAGCCAAGAAUUCUUCUUUUGGACGAAGCUACCAGUGCAUUGGAUUCCGAAAGUGAGAAAGUAGUGCAGCUAGCACUCAAUCGGGCUUCGCGUGGUCGCACAACUGUGGUCAUUGCCCAUCGCUUGAGUACCUUGAAAGAUGUUCAACGAAUUACGUUUUCAGAAGGAAAGUGCAGAAGUAGUACUCACUUCGAGCUCUUGGCGAAGGGAGGCUUAUAUAGCGGUUUGGCAGCAGCUCAGGAAAUUGGUGUCGAUAUUGGUGGCAGGACUAGGAAAAUCUCCGACAGCAUUGAUGCAGCGCCACACUCGAUGCCUCUUGUGCGGCACGAUCUGAGAGGAAGCGGAAUGGCAAGAGCAUCCAUGUCUUCAACAGUUUCUCAGGCAGCUACACACCUUAUGGAGAAGGCACCUAUAGAAACAUUUGCUCCAUACUUGUGGCUGGCGGCCGGAUUGUUCUUUGCUCUGGGAGUGUACUCGUGGAUAUCUCUGACAGUGGCCAAAAUCGAUAACAAUGAUUUGAAGCGAUUGUGUCGUGUUCACCUUCGCAACAACAUCGCUCUCGUGGGCCAAGAACCUGUCCUUUUCAAGGGGUCGAUAAUUGAAAACAUCACGCUUGGACUGGAUGGUGUUAGUGUGUCUGAAGUACAGGAGGCCUGUAGGCAGGCUAAUGCGGCCAACUUUGUUGAGGCUUUCCCUCUGGGAUACGAGACGGAUGUCGGCGAGAAAGGAGGUAGCCUAUCAGGUGGACAGAAGCAGCGUAUUGCUAUAGCCAGAGCGUUGAUUCGUAAGCCGAAGAUCAUUCUGUUGGAUGAAGCCACAAGUGCGCUCGAUACCGAAAGUGAAAAGGUACUAGCCGUAUUUUGCCUGUGA